ACAUUCUUUGAAGGGUCUGGUCCAGCUAACAGGCGAACAGAACGCUAGCAGCCUUUCCAAAAUGACGGGUGACAGCUGAUCGGCUUUAUGUAUUUAUAAUAUUUAUUAUCUGUGUUGUCUCUGUGUUGUUGUCCGGGACAUGGCCUCAGCUCGCUGCCACUGCUGGCUCUGGGUAACGGUGCCGCUCGUCCUGCUGCGGUGGCCGGGGCUGCUGGUCGCGGCGGAGCAGGUCGCUCUGGUGGAGGUCUUCCUCGAGCAGCGGCCCGGUGUCAGCGCUCUGCUCCAGGGGGAGGUGGUGGAGUCCGGCAAGGGAAGCAGGAGCUCGGAGCACCUGGAGGAGGAGCGAGAGGAGCUGGAGGGAGAGCUAGUCCUGGUCCAGAGCGAGGAGACACAGCUGAGCGGAGGAAAAGGCGACGAUGACACCAAAGAGCAGGAGCCGUGGAUCGGGGUGGUGCCUGUGGAGAUGGACGACAGCAAGGCCUCCACUGGAAACCAGGAGUCCUUCGCUGAUGCGAUGGUCAAUAAAAUGAAGCGAGCGCUGGUCCUCGGAGCAUCUGCGCUGAUCAUUCUGGCUCUCAACCAAAACACUGUCAGUGAGAUGGAUCUGUCUCAGGUGCUGUCCAAGCCCAUCAUAGUGAUCCAGACGUCUGAAAAUGUCACCAAGCUGAUCGGCGUUCUGCUCAGGGGUCUUCAGGCGACGGCAAAAAUCACAUACAAGACGAUCCUGCAGGACAACCUGGGAGCCACGCUCACGCUGUGGUCCAGCUGCGGUCGAUCGAGAGGAGGUCGCUAUGGAGAGUGGCAGGGGGUCAUCUGCACGGGAGAGACCAACUCUCAGGUUCAGAAGUACCUGCAGCAGCUGUGGGACACUGUUCUCCUGGUGGCUCUGAUCCUCAGCACCGGCGUCAUCGUUCAGGCUCGCUGGCAGUACCAGGACCACCAGCUGAACGAUGACUUGGAGCUCUUUCCUAAACAGGAUGUCCUGAAGAGAAUGUCGUCCUUGAAGACCAAAACAUAUCGUCAGCCCAAGCCAUGGUGUGACCCGUCCCAGUCGGGGGAAACAGACAACUGUGCCGUCUGUCUGGAGCCAUUCAACAACAACCAGUGUUUGCGGGUGCUGCCGUGUCUCCAUGAGUACCACAGAGAUUGUGUGGACCCCUGGCUGCUGCUGCAUCACACCUGUCCGCUGUGCAAACGCAGCAUCCUCGGCAGCGUCUGCAAAGACAGUUAACGGUCGCCUCACCUCCACAGACACAGCAGCAGCAGCAGCUCUGGGAAUAAAGUCUUGUCUCUUCCUCGGUGACACUCCAGUAGCCGUUUUUUUUUACUGACCUCGCCGCUUCCUCCUUCCAGCAAUGGAUUGUGGGAGCAAAUAUAAACUCAUCACAGCAGCUGGCCGGCCGUCUGGACUGUGGAGCAGUCAGAUUUUGACAUCUGACCUUUGGGUGGGUGCAACAAGUCUCACAGAGAUACAGUGGUAAUGUAAACACAAUACUAUGAAGUACUGUACUGGUACUGUUGUGUGUAAACAGUACUUGUUCCUGGGAUCAUGUUACUGUACAAUUGUGGAAAUAUUUGUAUGUGUAAUCUACAGCAGUGAAGAUGCGACUCAUGAGGGUGUUUGUGCUCAACGUGACUCUUAAUACAAACACCUUCUGCUCCGUUUCUGCAAACAGCUGAGCAACAAGACAUCUGGCUUUCAAUGAGUAAACACUGAUUAUCUCAGCGAGUACUCGUGGGUCCGUUGUUCCUGCAUGGACGUUCAAUGCUUUAUGGAUUUACGCAGGAAGAAACUGAUCGACUGACUGGUGUCAAAGUUAACUUUAGGGCCAAAUGAUGUCAAUAACCAACUUAUCAAGUGAGAGUUUAAAUGUAGUGUCCAAACUCAUACUUUGGUAUUAAAUGUUAGUUGUUGAGGUUUUGUAGUUGUAGUCCCGAAGUAACCAGGUGGUAGCAGACGUGGAAAGUGUUUGCACUUGUCCUUAACAUGCCUUAUGACUUAACUACAGAGUGAAAGAAACCACAAACACACCUCUUAAAUUCUACUUACGUUGUGUACGUUACAGUAGCUGAUUUAGUUACACCGUUAUAAACUAUUAGUGAUAGAGAUGUUAACAAGUUGGUAGGUUAACAUAUUGUAGAGUUCGUGGCCACUGUUCAGUUGGAUUUUCACUCGUCUUUGAUUAUAUUAUUUAUCUGCUUUUCUCUUUUAAGAAGGUCUGUGUGAAGAAGUUAGAAACAAAGAACUGGUCCAACAGAAGGUCAUCUCAUACAUCAUGUAAAAAAAACAAG